UUCCGGUUUAGCAGCAGUUCAGUUUGGUCAUGCAAAACGAGGCCACUAGCGAGAAUGUGGAGCCGCAGGCAUCCACGGGAGCAGCAGUUCCCGUGGCAACGACCGACUCCAUGCGGAGUCCACCAGCCGCAGCUCCACGGCAGCGACCCAAGCCUGGUAUCCUUCGCCUGGACAUUGGCAAGCCGCGACGCUCAUCAGGUGGUUCUGUCGAUUUCCGCUGCGUGGGCAGCAGCGGCAGCGGCAGUGGCAGCAACAUCGCCACUGGCGCCAACAGUGAGGUAAGUGGGCAUGAUUUACGGCUCGCCAGGGAGUGCUUACGAUUUGGCCAGGCCAACGACAUGUGCAGCAGCAGUAGCAGUAACCAUGGCAAAAUGGAGGAAAGGGAAGGUGGCACCCGCAACCUGCAACAGAAAUGGCAGCAAAUGCCAAUAGCCAUAAACGCCAAUCGCACUUAAACGGUGGUUGGCUCUGGUCAAGCAAUGCAAGAGCGUCGACCC